CCGGGGAGGCGCAGGAUGCGCGGGAGCCAAUGGGCAAGCUCGGGGAAGCCGGGCUGGCGGCGACGGCCGGACCGGCGCGCACUCUCGGGAUGGAGGGCGAGUGCCGGGCGUCUCAGGCGCGCUCCUGGGGCCUCCCGGCUGGGGGCGCCGGCGGGGACAGCCCGGGGGGUGACGCCCCCCUCCCCAGCAGCAUCAGCUCCUCCUCCCUGCUGCAGGCCGAGGUGCUGGAUCUGGACGAGGACGAGGACGACCUGGAGGUGUUCAGUAAGGAUGCCUCAUUGAUGGACAUGAAUUCCUUUAGCCCUCUGAUGCCGACGUCCCCUUUAUCAAUGAUAAACCAAGUCAAGUUUGAAGAUGAGCCAGAUUUGAAAGAUCUUUUUAUUACAGUCGAUGAACCUGAAAGCCAUGUUACUACAAUUGAAACUUUUAUUACUUAUAGGAUUAUUACUAAGACAUCUCGUGGGGAAUUUGACUCCAGUGAAUUUGAAGUUAGGAGACGUUAUCAAGAUUUCCUUUGGUUGAAAGAAAAACUUGAAGAAGCGCACCCCACUCUGAUUAUUCCACCAUUGCCAGAAAAGUUUAUAGUGAAAGGAAUGGUGGAACGCUUUAAUGAUGACUUCAUUGAGACACGAAGGAAGGCAUUGCACAAAUUUUUGAACCGAAUUGCUGACCAUCCAACUCUAACAUUUAAUGAAGACUUUAAAAUUUUUCUUACUGCACAAGCUUGGGAAUUCUCUUCUCACAAGAAGCAAGGGCCUGGAUUACUCAGCAGGAUGGGACAGUCAGUCAGAGCAGUUGCAUUGUCAAUGAGAGGAGUUAAAAGUCGCCCUGAGGAGUUCAUGGAAAUGAAUAACUUCAUUGAAAUAUUUAGCCAGAAAAUAAAUUUGAUAGAUAAAAUAUCUCAGAGAAUCUACAAGGAAGAACGGGAAUAUUUAGAUGAAAUGAAAGAAUAUGGCCCAAUUCAUAUUCUGUGGUCGGCAUCGGAAGAAGAUCUGGCUGAUACUCUGAAAAGUGUUGCCAGCUGCAUUGACAAAUGCUGUAAGGCCACUGAAAAACGGAUGUCUGGAUUCUCAGAGGCCCUGCUUCCUGUUGUACAUGAGUAUGUACUUUAUAGUGAAAUGUUAAUGGCUGUCAUGAAAAGAAGAGACCAAAUACAGGCAGAACUGGAUUCCAAAGUUGAAGCUUUGACGUCCAAAAAGGCAGAUACUGAUCUGCUUGCGGAAGAGAUUGGAAAACUGGAAGAUAAAGUGGAGUGUGCGAAUAAUGCCCUGAAAGCAGAUUGGGAAAGAUGGAAACAAAACAUGCAAAAUGAUAUCAAGUCAGCAUUUACAAAUAUGGCUGAGGAAAACAUCCUGUAUUAUGAACAGCAAGAUGUUUCCUUCACUGAGCUUUGAAUGGGUCUUAUGAAGAAUAUUUUCAAGUGGUGCCUGCAUUUUGACUUUACAAGGCCAUCAUUACUGACUUUACAAGAGCUUCUGUGGAUAUAUGUUGCCCUAUCACCAACUUUGCUGGUGAUUUAAAUUCAGCACUAAAUUGGCUCCAAGAAUGUUAACCAAUGAAUUUGGAUAGCACAUUUUCUGACAUCUUAUCUAGGGGAAUCUCAGCUGUUCCCUUCCAGAAAUACGUUUGGAGCAGGGCUGCAAAGCAACCUUAAUUACAGGGCAGAUGAACCAGCUACAAAUGGACAUUCUACUACUACGUGGGCUGCAAAGCAACCUUAAUUACAGGGCAGAUGAACCAGCUACAAAUGGACAUUCUACUACUACUGUGUUCUGUUCCAGAGAAGGAUGCAAUCAGUUCAAGCUGUUUUUGACUGAUGUUUCAGAUCAUGGUCUUGUAAACAGGUCUGAAAAUAGCUGCUUUUUAAAGACUGAAAAUUCCUGUAAUUAGGGUAUGCCUUAAAAAUUAACCCUAAAAAAAAUAAAUAAAUAAAGGUUGGAGGAUGGAGUAGCUUUCAGUUUUGAAUUGCUAGCUGGAUGGCUGCAGCACUGUUCUUAAAAGAGGAGGAAGCAGAUCAUUAGAAGGGAUGUGUCUAAAAGCUGUGUGUCAGAAAAGAAAGGAAAAUGGCGUUUCCUGGGUGCUGGAGAACUGUAUAAUUAACUGGGAUAACAAGCACUGAUAUUUAUUGUGGUGGGAUGCAAGGAAGAAGCUGAAAAACAAAACUCCUGGUGUCUCUGCUCCACAUCUGCCAAACUAAUUUGGGGGUAAUUUUAUCAUUUUAAUCUGCUGUGAUGUUCUUCCCCAGUUGCUAAAGUACCCUGGUGUAUACCAGAUGUCAGACAUUUAAUGAUGCCUCGGAGGCUCAGGAUGGAUUGGAUUGCAGGUGUUUAAUGCUUGCCAGGCCUUUAGAUAAGCCCAGAAAUUGGUGUUUCCUGGUUAGCACUGAUUGACAAUACUUCGAUCCUUUAGUAAAUGUUAAUGGCCAUUCUGGCCACUAGGAGGAGCUAGAGGCUACUCCAUCCACUUUUA